CUUACCAAAAACAAGUGAUUCAUACAAAUAGGAGUGGAAAAAAUUUUGUGAAGCGAGUUCAAUUAACUGAAACAAGAACAGGAGCAAACAAUCAUUAAAUAUAAAAUAUUAAUUAUUAGUUUCAGCAUUUAAAGCUUCAAACUGGGUAACGACAUGUCGACAUCUUCAAUGGAAAAACAUCUUUUCAAUUUAAAGUUCGCUGUAAAAGACCUGGAACGCAAUUCCAAAAAAUGUGAAAAAGAGGAAAAGCUAGAAAAGGCAAAGGCUAAAAAAGCCAUACAGAAGGGUAAUAUGGAUGUAGCUCGGAUUCACGCCGAAAAUGCCAUAAGACAAAAAAAUCAGGCCGUGAAUUACCUGAGAAUGAGCGCUCGUGUAGAUGCUGUCGCCAGUCGCGUGCAGUCGGCGUUGACAACACGCAAAGUUACUGGCUCAAUGGCUGGUGUGGUUAAAGCCAUGGAUGCUGCCAUGAAAGGCAUGAAUCUAGAAAAAAUUUCAUCACUAAUGGAAAAAUUUGAAUCACAAUUUGAAGACUUGGAUGUACAAAGCUCAGUGAUGGAAGGCACUAUGUCCGAUACGGUGACAACAUCGGUGCCACAAGGAGAUGUUGAUAAUUUGUUGCAACAAGUUGCCGACGAAGCAGGCCUCGAACUUAAUAUGGAGCUGCCCAGUGGUGUACAAAGUUCUACCAUAGGCGCCUCUACACAAGUCUCACAAGAACAGGAUGAGCUAACACAGCGCCUGGCACGUUUGCGACAAGCUGAAUAGCUUGGGUUUUUUUUCGCAAAUCUC